AUGUCUCAUAUUCCCGAUGUGGGAUUAAUAUCUCAACAAUCAGAAGAUGAUCUAGAAAGCAGCCAAACAAGCGAGAUUCCACCAGGUCCUGAGACACCACUGCCUCACCUCAGCAAGCUUAGCUCCAUAAAGCCAUCACCAUUCUUAGUUGUUCAUCUGGUCGACAUUAUAUACAAUAACUGCUUUUCUCUUCGUCUCUACAAUGGUGAUUAUCAGUCAGAUGCCACAGGCUCAGCCAUGGUCGUGCUCUCUGUGUCAUCUAUAUUGGGUCAUGGAGGGCAACCAGAGAUUGUCCUAGAAGCUUUAUCUUACUGCCUGGAGCAGAUCUUCUCUCCAUCUUUCAAACAGAUGGGUGGCUUGCAAUUUGGACUAGGACUUGAAGACGAUGUAAUCCCCUACAUUGUUGUGCUUGCUUUGCGAUCUGUAGAGGAUGGUCCAGGCUGGGGAGACCGAGCUGAAGUCAGAAAAACCACGAAAAUCAAGAAGAGUUGA